GGUCGGCACCGAGGGUCGCGGAAAAGCGAUGAGCUGUUGGAGCGGAUCAUGAGGGUCGGAGUGCGUGCAGGGCGUGAAGCGACGUCUCGCGGGACCUGAUUCUCCUGAACAGGAUAAUCCAGCACGCCCACCGACCGUCCGAGAUUGGUGGUGAGCACUGAGCAGCACAUCGCGAUGGUACCUGGAGAUCGCAGCCCAGGACUGCACUGGAGGAGAGACCCUGACAGUGCGGCAUCACAGCCAUGUCUCCACUGUGCUUCAUACCACGCCUACAGAUUCAAGCGCCGGGCAUGAAUGUAUGGAGUUGUAGCUGUAGUUGUAGUAGUAGAAGUAGGACAGCAGGACAGUGUACAGCACUUCGCUGUCUGUACAUGUACAAGUGUUGCACCGUACUGUGCCCGAGACAAGGCCCUGUGGCGUGUGAGGUUGGGCCUUGGUGGACGCCAUGGCGUUGCGGUACGUCCACUAAUGCCAGACAGAACUUGAUUCACAGUACUGCACCGCAUUUCGAGGUUCGAAUGGCGGCCUUCAGGUCGGUAUCGUGGACCCUUUCCGAGUGGCUUGCUCCUUCGCCGUCAUUGCCACCGGCGAACAUACAUAAUGAGAAGACGCUUCCUUCGUGGAAACAUUGCAAAUCACGAUCUGCAGUUUCAGCGAUCCAUGAAGGCGAUCAAUCUUCCACCCGAAGCACCACCAACACCGUUCACCUGGGAAAAGGUCAUCGUCGCGAAACAACGAGCGGACGAUCAAACAGAGCAACGGCCUCGCGCACAUGUUCACGCGUUACACAUCAUUUCGCACUCGGCCCAAACUCUCUGAUAUCACCCACCCAUAUACGCACCACCUGCACGCAGGUCAUCCGCACGCAGACGACCCGAACGUUUCCCCUCCAGAACGGCCGUGCAGUGCAACCCGCCCGCACCCCAAAUAACGAUUGAACGAGCACUGCUCUGCCCGUCCUUCCUUCCGCGCGCGCACGCCCGCAAGCACUAUCCACUACCACACACCAUCCACUACCACACACCACGCUCUAUACAUACACAUUCACACAUUCACACACAGACACGCACCCACACCCUCCCACCCACACAGACACGACACGACACGACGCCCAUCCGUCCACCACCCACUCUCCGAGCGACCGCUGCCCGUUGAGCGCUACAUACAACCACCGCUGC